AUGGCCAAUAUUAAUAGCAAUAGUUUUGAAAAAGGCAAUUUUCCCACCAUAACUAUUGUGGAAUCUGUCCCAAUCCAAAAUGAUAAAAUAACGAGACGAAGCUGUUGUGGUUGUAUACCAGAACAAUUUGGAGUUUUAGCCAUUUUAUCAAUGUAUCUCCUUUUUGGAAUACUUGGGUCGUUAACUUCGUUAUUGACUUUGAGCUCUGUUAAUGAGACAUCAGAUAAAUUAUAUUUAAGCAUAUCUGGCAUUUUAUAUACAUUUUUAACUAUUUUGAGUGUUUUGGGUAUCCACGCAGUUAAUAAGGAAAAAGCUGUUAUGAUGCAUCGUCUGUCAAUCGCCUUUUGGGUUUUCACUGUAUUUACGCUUAUCUAUAGUGCAACUCUUUUCAUCCUUAAUAUCUUUUUUAAAUCUUCAUUAGUUGAAGAAUGUGAAAAUUCUAAACGUGAAACCAUUGUUGAUUGUAAUCAUUAUAUUGAUGUUUAUUUGGCAAGGGAAGGUUUGUCACUUUUCAUUAGUGAGAUAGUUUUGAUAUAUUUUACGUAUGUGAUCUUUAAAUACGCAAAUCGAAUGUUAAAACAAGCCCAAAAUUCAACGAUUUUGCCCGUUGCCGCCACUGGGCAACGAACUCCUACAUUUUAUGUUUAUUCUACACAUCCACCAACAUCAAAUGAUUGGACACCUCCCCCAACUUAUACAGUUACAUCAUCAAAUCCAUUGCCAGUUGAUUGGAUUUCCGAUUCAAAACAAAAUCCCCUAAUUAAAUAA